UCGAACCCAGAACCUUCUUGCUGCAAGAAAACUGCUACCAUCUGUGCCACUGUGCAACCCUGAGUGGGUAUUCAUAAAACAAUUACUCAAGAAUAAAGUAUUAAACCAACUAUUUCUCAUUCUCUUGGUCUCUGGGAGCCCGUCCCGUAUUACCAGCCUCAUUAGAAGAGAAAACUAAAUUCCUGCUUGUUCUCCCUCCGGCUCUCGUCCUGAUUUGCCUGACUUUCCAGCCGCAGCGCAGCCGGGAUUUGCAUAAAGGUGCCUGAGCCUCGUUUGAUAGUCAAAUCAGGAAGCUCGUCUUUCUCACUCCGAGCUGCGCAGCCAGCAUCCAGUCGCUGUCUGAGGACCGCAGGGAAGAGCCGACCGACAAACCUAUACGCCUCCUGUUCCCUCGCAAUAGCCGGAGAGAAGCCGCUUUAAGCGGAUACUGUCACCGUUGAAGCCCGAUCGGCGUCCUCCAUCCACCGGUCCUCCAUCCACCGGUCCUCCAUCCACCGGUCCUCCAUCCACCGGUCCUCUCCGGCAGGCCGGAAGCAGCUGCAUCAUGGCAGAGUUAGACGUCCCACAGAUGAAGAGAGAAGUGGAAAGUCUUCAGUAUCAACUGGCGAUAAACAGAGAAAAAUCCUCCAUUACUGUGACAGAGCUGGUGAAGUGGAUCGAAGGCUGUGUUUGUGAAGAUCCAUUUCUGAACCCUGAGCUGAUGCGAGCCAACCCCUGGGUAGAAAAGGGCAAGUGUGUGAUCCUCUAAUGGUGACACACAAUCAAAGAUGUAUAUAAUCUGAAAAAACAAAAAGCAUGCACUCUCACACCGCCUCGCUUCACUAAUUCACUCCCAAACAUCAUUGCUUUCAUUUCUGUUUAUUUAUUUGGAGAUUUCUGGAUGUUGUUGCUUGAUGUGUCAGACUGAGUGUGCAACAUGGAACAUCUUUCCUUGGGUUUCGCAAUGUUCUUUUUUUUUGUCUCUUUGGACUGUCAAUUCAAAUAAACACUGUUUGAAUUAA